UCAGUCGGAGCUAAGUCACCGGGCCGGGUGUUUAUAUAGGGAGGGAGGGACCUGUCUGGAUGUAGCAGGAUCAUGAGGCUGGAUGGUGUCAGGGUAUAACACAGGCUGCUGGGGGUUAGUGAGUGGUGCUGCUGUUUCUAUGUGAUACACUAGGGCUGCUCUCUAUUGGCUGCUUUAUACUGGGCUUAUUAUUUAUAGGGCUCAGUGAUUAGACAGAUAUUACUGGCAGCUGCAGGGUCUGCUUCCUCCUGCAUAUGUGCAGCACUGAGUACUCAGCCCACUGGUAUAUACAAUAGUGUCAGUAUAUCCCUGGGGAGAUAUUGGAGGAUUAACAGCUAGUGCAUGUUGUACAGUGAGGGGUGUAGAGCACAGGUAUAGUCACUGAGAGUUAUAGUUGAACUACAGUCACAGUGAUGGGAUCUACGGGGGAGCUGACUCGUUACACGUGGGAGGAGGUCAAGAAACGCUGCACACGCGAGGAGCGAUGGCUGGUCAUCAACCGCAAGGUGUACGACAUAACGAGAUUCAUCAAUAUUCACCCCGGUGGGUCGAGGGUGAUCAGUCACUAUUCAGGGCAGGACGCCACGGAAGCUUUUACUGCCUUCCACAUAGACCAGGAGAUGGUGAAGAAACGCAUGUGCUGUUUGUUGAUCGGGGAGUUGGCUCCUGGGGAACCGAGCGCGGAGCCCGGCAAAGACGCUGCCAUGGUGGAAGAUUUUCGCACUCUACGCACCACAGUAGAGCAGAUGGGACUCUUUCGUCCCAGCAAGCUUUUCUUUUUUGGGGUUCUGCUGCACAUUAUACUGCUCGACGUGUUGGCGUAUGCUACAUUGUACUACGGUGGCACCUCCUUCAUUCCUUUGCUGGUUACAGCUUUACUUCUGGGGACUGUACAGGCUCAGGCUGGGUGGCUGCAACACGACUUUGGACACUUGUCGGUUUUCAGCCGCUCCUCAUGGAAUCACCUUGUACAUAAAUUUGUGAUUGGCCAAUUGAAGGGUGCUCCUGCCAGCUGGUGGAAUCACUUGCACUUUCAGCAUCAUGCCAAACCCAACUGCUUCCGCAAGGAUCCCGAUAUUAAUAUGCACCCUUUAUUGUUUGCACUGGGGAAGAAGCUCUCCGUGGAGCUUGGAAUGAAGAAGAAGAAAUACAUGCCAUAUAAUCACCAGCACAAAUACUUCUUCCUCAUUGGGCCUCCGGCACUGAUUCCCGUCUAUUUCCAGUGGUAUAUCUUCUACUUUGCAAUACAGCGCAAGCAGUGGCUGGACCUGGCCUGGAUGAUUUCUUUCUAUGUGAGAUUUGGUCUGUGUUACAUCCCUUUCCUGGGGGUGAGCGGUACCAUCGCUAUGUUCAUGUUGGUUAGAUUCAUUGAGAGUAACUGGUUCGUGUGGGUCACUCAGAUGAAUCACAUUCCAAUGAAUAUUGACUAUGAUCAGAAUAAGGAGUGGCUCUCCACGCAGCUCCAAGCCACGUGCAAUGUGGACCAGUCCCUGUUUAACGACUGGUUCAGUGGACACCUCAAUUUCCAGAUUGAACAUCAUUUAUUUCCCACAAUGCCACGUCACAAUUACUGGAAAGCCGCUCCCCUUGUCCACUCUCUGUGCAAGAAGUAUGGCAUUGAGUAUCAGUCCAAGCCAUUGUUCACAGCGUUUGCGGAUAUUGUACAUUCGCUAAAGGAAUCCGGAGAGCUCUGGUUGGACGCCUACCUUCACAAGUAACAAGACUUCCCAUUGUACUGGGGGGGCAGCUAUUAACUGCCAGCCGUCACUGAACAGCAGCAAAAGAGACCCAGGGGUCGCUACUAGGAUCACAUGACUGCAGUGCCUCCUGGGCUUGUUUGGCCACUGCGCCCUAUUGGGAUCCUUGGAAAAUUCCGAUGUUAUUUUUAUGUCACUACUUCAAUGUCACAGGAGAUCAACAUACAAAGUAAUUCCUAAGGAAGGCUGCAACUCUUCAAGUCCCAUUCACACAGUAUGCCCAAAGAUUGUACGGUGUAAAUACUUCUCCUAUAUUUCAUUGCUGGUUAUUUGACUCUACAGCGACACCCUCAGGAGAUCCAGCAAGCUGCACCGUGAAUGUAUUCACAUUAAAGGGCAUGUAAAGGCAAAAAAAUAAAAUCACAUUUUUACUUUC